AUGGGAGCAGAACAGUCGUCUAGCAGAGCCAACGGGGCGGCCGGCGGGAAUGCGGCCGCCCCGAGAAAGACGUGCUAUUAUGAGGUCAUGGGCCUCGACCGGUCCGCGACCGACGACGAAAUCCGCAAGGCCUACAAGCGCAAGGCCCUCGAGCUUCACCCGGACCGCAACAUCAACGACGUCGAGAACUCGACGCGCAAGUUCGCCGAGGUCCAGACCGCCUACGAGAUCCUGUCGGACCCCCAGGAGCGCGCCUGGUACGACUCCCACCGGGAGGCCAUCCUCAGUGGCGACGAUGGCACCGGCGGCGGCGGCGGGCCCGGCGGCGGGCCACCGUCCAGCCUCGACAUCACCACGGCCGACGAGAUCUACGCCCUCAUGGGCCGCUUCACCUCGGCCAUCCGCUUCGACGACAGCCCCAACGGCUUCUUCGCCACCCUCGACGUCUUCUUCGGCAAGCUGGCGGCCGAGGAGACGGCCGCGUGCGAGUGGGACGCCCUAGACCCCGUGGCCUACCCGCCUUUCGGCUCGUCCGCCGACGACUACGACGCCGUUGCCCGGCCCUUCUACAACGCCUGGUCCGCCUUCUCGACCCGCAAGUCUUUCAGCUGGUGCGACCGCUACCGCCUCAGCGAUGCCGCCGACCGCCGUGUGCGCCGCCUGAUGGAGAAGGAGAACAAGAAGUUCCGCGACGAGGGCGUCCGCGACUUCAACGACGCCGUGCGCUCCCUCGCCGCCUUCGUCAAGAAGCGCGACCCACGCUACGUGCCCAACACGCAGUCCGAGGCCGAGCGCCAAAGGGUGCUGCGCGACUCGGCCGCCGCCCAGGCCGCCCGGUCCCGCGCCGCGAACCAGGAGAAGCUGGCCGAGUACGUCCUGCCCGAGUGGGCCCAGGCCCGCAACGACGACGAGGGCGGCCAGUCGGGCGAGUUUUCCGAGUCGGACGACGGCGAGUCCGAGGUCGAGCACAUCGAGUGCGUCGUGUGCGCAAAGACGUUCAAGAGCGAGAUGCAGUUCCAGGCCCACGAGCGGAGCAAGAAGCACGUCAAGGCCGUCCAGCAGAUCCGCCGCCAGAUGAAGAAGGAGAACAAGGACUUUGAUCUCGGCCUGGAUCGGGGGCGCAGGGAGGAAAAGCAGCAGUCCGACGCCGAGCUUUCCGCCAGCUCUCCGGAAGCGGCAGAUGCUGGCGCUGAAGAGGCGCCUAUCGCGGCACCAGCCAAGGAAGGGCAGCAAGUACAGCAACCCAGCGACAACUCGUCCGAGGAAGACUCUCUAGACGACGACUAUGCUCCUCGAGAAAAGAUCCAGAGCCGCAUCGGCGGAGGUGCCCCAGGGGAUGCCGCCAGCUUCUCGGACGAGGCGAGUAGUCCGCCGACGGCUGCCACAUCCUCGAUUGCCGCACUAGCAGCUGGGGACUCGGAUACCGAGGACGAACCGGCUAAGACGAAAAAGGUCGGCAAGGCGAAGCAGAAAAAGGCCAGGAAAGCAGCUCAGCAAGCGGCCGCUGCAGAGCAGGCCCCGGCGCAUGCAUGCACGAUAUGCAAAGACUCGUUUGCUUCCAGAAAUGCCCUAUUCGCUCACCUGACUGAAGAGCACCCAUCACCGAAAGGUGCAAAGGGCGCAAAGAAGUCAAAGAGAUGA